AAUAAAUAGUCUUAUAAAGACGAGCUUGCCCCCGCCUUGGGAUUACCACUGUAUUUUUGCUUACUGCUGAACCUCGAGCUGCUCCUCUUGCUUAUCCUUUGUUCUUCUAGCAGUAACAGCUUGAAGAGCGAGUGCGAGCUUGAAGCUGUGGUUGGCUCCCCCGCAUUUGAGCUCCGAACAGCUUCCACGCCUUCUUUCGAAUUUCCGUGAUAGCACACCCAACGAAGUCGCAGCCACAAUGGCCUCCCUCCUCCGUACUGCAGGACGCGCCCGGUCUGUCCUUGCUCGCACAAACACCCAGGCUACCUCCAGAAGAGCGCCAAUUGCGGUUCAACGGCGAUAUGCUUCUGCUGCUGCUGCCGCCGUUGCGGACAGCGGAGAGCAGUCGUUCUUCCCCGAUGAGCCCAGAGCGCCAACCGUCCAGACGGCGAUUCCUGGACCAGAGAGCAAGAAGGCUAUCGAGAGACUAAGCAAGGUGUUCGACACGAGGAGCUUAAACAUGAUGGCCGACUACUCGCGAAGUUAUGGCAACUACAUCGCUGACCUCGACGGCAACGUCCUCCUCGAUGUAUACGCCCAAAUCGCCUCCAUCCCCGUGGGAUACAACAACGCCUCUCUCCAGCUCGCAGCCACGUCACCCGAAAUGGCGUCCGCGCUCAUCAACCGCCCCGCGCUCGGAAACUUCCCCCAGCACGACUGGGCCGACAUCCUCGAGAAGGGCAUACUCUCCGUAGCGCCCAAGGGCCUGAACCAGGUCUUCACCAGCCAGUCUGGCUCCGACGCCAACGAGCUCGCAUACAAGGCCGCGUUCAUGUGGAAAAGACAGCAGCAGCGAGGCGGGCCAGACGCUGAAUUCUCCGCCGAAGACAUUAGCUCGUCUAUGAACAACAAAGCCCCCGGCGCGCCUGAUCUGUCCAUUCUCUCCUUCAAAUCUGGCUUCCAUGGCCGCCUGUUCGGCUCCUUGUCAACGACGCGCUCCAAGCCCAUCCAUAAAAUCGAUAUCCCGGCUUUCGACUGGCCGCAAGCGCCCUUUCCUUCGCUGAAAUACCCCCUCGAAGAUCACGCAGCCGAGAAUGCAAAGGAAGAGCAGCGCUGCCUUGACGAGACAGAGCGCAUCAUUAAAGAAUGGCACGCCCCGCCCGCCGCCGUAAUAAUCGAGCCCAUCCAGAGCGAAGGCGGCGACAACCACGCGUCCCCCAACUUCUUCCGGGGCCUAAGAGAAUUAACCAAGAAGCUGAACGUGCUCUUCAUCGUAGACGAGGUGCAAACGGGCGUAGGCGCGACAGGAAAAUUCUGGGCGCACGAGCACUGGGGCCUAUCGAGUCCACCGGACAUGGUGACUUUCUCGAAGAAAGCCCAGACGGCUGGAUAUUACUUUGGCAACAACGACUUGCGGCCUAAUAAGCCGUACAGGCAGUUCAACACUUGGAUGGGCGACCCCGCCCGCGCUAUCCUCUUCCGCGCUAUCGUCCAGGAAAUCGAGCGUCUUGAUCUCGUCAACAGCACCGCUGCGACGGGUACGCAUCUCUUCGGCGGCUUAAAGCGUCUAGCAGAACGCUACCCUAAGGAGAUUCAGAAUCUGCGUGGUCAAGGCCAGGGCACGUUUAUUGCCUGGGAUAGCCCGCGCCGAGACGAGGUGCUGAAGAAGGCAAAGGGCCAGGGUGUUAAUAUCGGUGGAUCGGGCGAUGUGGCGGUGCGGUUGAGGCCCAUGUUGAUAUUCCAGAAGCAUCAUGCCGAUCUGCUGCUCGAGAGAUUAGAGAAGGUCUUCCAGUCGUAAGGGAGAGUAUUAGCGUCUACAAACUUUACGGAAUACGCUGAUGAUUUGGGUAUGGCGUUUUUUUCAAGAGCGAUAC